AGUUGAAAAGGUCUCGGAUAAAUCCACUACUGAUGAGAAAAUUUAUACGGAAAAAUCUUUAAUGCCAUAUAGUUUUGAUCUGGGAAUUGAUACCAUUAAUAAUAAUUCAUAUGAGUCAACAGAAAAAAUUCCUUAUAGUUUUGAUCUGGGAAUUGAUACCAUUAAUAAUAAUUCAUACGAGUCAACAGAAAAAAUUAAUGAUAGUUUUGAUCUGGGAAUUAAUGCCAUUAAUAAUAAUUCAUACAAGUCAACAGAAAAAAUUCUUUAUAGUUUUGAUCUGAUGGGAGUUGGUAACAAUUCAACAGAAAAAAUUCCUUAUAGUUUUGAUCUGACGGGAGUUGGUAACAAUUCAACAGAAAAAAUUCCUUAUAGUUUUGAUCUGACGGGAGUUGGUAACAAUUCAACAGAAAAAGUUCCUUAUAGUUUUGAUCUGAUGGGAGUUGGUAACAAUUCAACAGAAAAAAUUCCUUAUAGUUUUGAUCUGAUGGGAGAUGGUAACAAUUCAACAAUAACAACACCAACAGCACAGAAAUCUAAAGUUACUUUUACAUUGUUUUCAACAGUGGCAUUAUUUGCAAUAUUCACAGUUGCCGCACCAACUUUUUUACCAUGUCCAGUGCUUGAUGAAACACAACGUAGAGCCUUACUAGAACAACAUCUUAAAGAAAAGAAAUUGAAUUCUAAAAAAGCUCAAGUUUUAAUAACGCCGAGGGAUGACAAUGUUCUAAAGAAGAUUAAAGAACACCUUAUAAAAGAACAAUAA